UGUAGCUUUUGUCUCCGCAAUCAGCCUCAUCCGAGGCUGGCUCGCGGAGAGAAUUAUAGCUGUGGAUACAAGCCAUACCGGUGCAACGUGUGCAAGUACUCGACCACUACCAAAGGUAAUCUGUCCAUUCACAUGCAAUCCGACAAGCAUUUGAGCAACGUGCACGAACUACAGCAAGCGAUAGCCUCUGACGGCACCGGCAUUGGUCCUUCUGUGGCAUUUCUUAAACCAAGUGCUGUCAUCGCCACUUCAACGUCUGCAAUGAGUCCCGAGGAAGCCGGGUCUUCGUCCACAGAGGACGGUGUGUCUUCUUCAGCGCUGAACCGCAAGUGCAAGUCGUCAUUUCGUUGUGACGUGUGUAACUAUGAAACGAAUAUUGCCAGAAACCUGCGUAUCCACAUGACCAGCGAAAAGCAUGCGCAGAAUCUGCUUCUGAUUCAGCCUCACCUGAACCUGCUGCACGCUGGCUCAGCAGCUGCCUACGCUACCGGCUUGGUCGCUGACGCCCUCGAGUCGGCUUCCAUGCCAAGCACGGACACCAGUGGUCAUUUAUCUACCGCUUACCCACCCGCAUUAAACAGUCUGUGCCUGGAAUCACAGUUUCGAGAGGGGGACAUCCUGCGAACGUACAUCCUUCUUCAGGAUGAACAGCUGUGGUCGAGUGGAUCUCUGUCAUCGAAGCUGUUCCAAUGCUGUAUAUGCAUUCGAUUCAUGUGCGAGUCCAUCGACCAGCUGAGUAGCCAUAUCUACGCUGACCGCAGCAAGUCAUCUGAUGAGGACGUUUCAGUGGUAAAUCACGUGCGCGAGGGCGGCGAGUCCAAUGAAUGGCGUCUCAACUUCCUGAAUCAAAACAACCCGGUACAACUGAGGUGCGUCGCGUGCAACGAACUUUGCACGAACUUGCACAAGCUUCAAUCACACGUGACCUCACUGCGCCAUGGAUGCUCUGUCCGCGCCUGGCGCACCGUCGACACGGCAAUGACAGAGGCAGGUCAAGACGGUCAGGGUGCUCCUGCCUUACUUUUGUGCACUCUCUGUCGCUUUUACGCUGCCAGCAGAAGCCAGAUGUUUGCUCAUUUGCAUUCUGCGGCGCACGUGACUGCGGCUAGUCGAUACGUAGCGAUGAUUGAAGAGUUAGCACCGGGAUGCUGUAGCGACCCAUUGCCUGACUGGGUUCAGGUGCGACGCGCACCCAGUGACGCUCUGGAGGAAGAUGAUUGUGAGAUCGAUGAGGACGACGAGGUGGAAGCAGAAACGGAAAGACUCGAACCUGGCGACAUUGCCGCUUCUGCUGACAGCCACGGCUGGGUGCCGUAA